GUGGCGUCUGGGUCCCUUCCCGUGAAAGAACGGCUUGCUCACCGGGGUGUCCGUUGCGUCGAUACGUGUCCGAGGUGCGGUUUAGCGGUGGAGACUAUCAACCACGCUCUUUUUGAGUGUGUUCGCUCGCUUUUGGUGUGGGAGCUAUCUCCGAUCCAGUUGUCUUCGACUGGUUUUCCUUUUGGAUCCGUGUAUUCGAACCUAGAUUUUCUUUAUUCCAAGACUUUUUCAAAUUCUGGGGGACCUAGCAUUGGCUAUAGGUUGCCUUGGAUAUUGUGGACAAUUUGGAAAGAUAGGAAUAAUAGGGUGUUUCAAGGAAUAGAAGCAGAGCCCAUUGAUAUUUUAAAUCAGGCGUUAAACGAUAAACUUUAUUGGGAGGAGGCCAAGUCUGGCCCGGAGACUUAUGUGGUUUCCCAGCCUUCCCUGGAGGGUAGGGAUUCUUCGAUUCGUUGCCAGGUUGAUGGUUCCUGGAAAGGUACGGAUUCUUUGGAAGGCUUGGGUUGGUGGUUUGGUAACGAUGAUAGGACGGUACUUAUGGGAGCCCGCAGUUUGCGUCGUAGUCCCUCUCCCCUUCAUACGGAGUUUGAAGCUUUGAUUUGGGCUAUGGAGUCUCUUCGGUCGGCGGGGAUAGAUUGCUCCAACUUUGAGUCUGAUAGUUCCGAGCUGGUGGCGAUGGUGCAGGCUCCCGACGAUUGGCCAGCCUUCUCGUAUUUGUUGGAAGACUUCCAAGCGCUAAGAUCAUCCUUCUCCACCUUCACUCUGACGAAAAUACCGAGGACGUCUAACGUGAGAGCUGAUUGUCUGGCGCGCUCUUCUAGAUCUCUAGUUUCUGAACUUUGUUUUGUAAACUCUUUCCCUCCAAAUUGGGCAACCAAUUCUGGAAUCACCUUUUAA